AUGCCGCUCACAGGCCCCCCGACUCCUCAGGGGACUCCCAAGUUUAAAAAGUCCCGCAGCACGAGGGCUUUGCAGGUGGGGGGCCCGGACUUGACUGCAGCAGCAGCAGCAGCUGCCGCUGCUGCAGCAGCUGCUGCUGCUUCCGAAGACUCGCGGAAAGAGGCAGCCAACGCAGCAGCAGCAGCAGCAGCAGCAGGAACAGCAACAGGUCAAAUGGAACAGCCCGCGCAGAAGCGCCGAAGAAGCAGCACAGCCAGCAGCCGCCGCAGCAGCAGCAGCAUCCCGGCAGAGGACAGAGCUGCAGAGCCUCUAUGCAAAUCCUCGAGAACAGAAAGCCGGGCGGACUCGCUGUGCAGCACGCAGCAGCCAGCAACUCCGGUGGGCCACUCGGCGACUCCGGAGCGGCUUUACGCUUCGCCCUCUCCCCGCUCCGACUCUGCAGAAGCUCCCCCAGCAGCAGCAGCAGCAGCAGCGGGCGCAGGAGCAGCAGGAGCAGCAGGAGCAGCAGGAGCAGCUGAGAAGGCGGAGCAGCAGCAGCAGGCGAGCUCGUCGCCGACUCCCUCGCUGCCCUCCGACGCGGAGUGCUGCUCGCCCGCCGCCCCGGCCGCGGCGCCCGCCGCAGCAGAGCAGCAGCAGCAGGAGCAGCAGGAGCAGCAGGAGCAGCAGGAGCAGCAGGAGCAGCAGGAGGAGGAGGCGGGCUGCUACUGCGACCUGGAGGGGUACCUGCCGGGGCAGCGGGGGGCCCCCCUGGGGCCCUUCUACGCAGACCUGCACACGCUCGAGGAGAACAGGGGCCUCCCGCGGCGGCCUCUGAAGAUAAUGACGUACAGCAGCGACGGCUCGUACACGGAGGUGCUGUGCUGCGAGCCGCCCGCAGCAGCAGCAGCAGCAGCAGCAGCAGCAGGGGCUGCCGCGGGAGGCGCAGCACGGCGCACCUCGGCCAGCAGCAGCAGCAGCAGCAGCAGCAGCAGGGCGGCAGCAGACGCGGAGGCAGAAGCAGCGGCAGAGGCUGCAGCAGACUCCGGCUCUCAAGACCCCUGGAGAGUUGUCAAAGCAACAGCAUGGGACUUUGGAGCUGCCGGUUGUAUUACUUUCGCCGGCCCUUGUGAAGAGGAGCAGCAGCACGAACUGCAGCACCAGCACGAACUGCAGCACCACGAACUGCAGCACCAGCGCGAACUGCAGCACGAACUGCAAACGCAGCACCAACUGCAAAAGCAGCAGGAGCUGCAGCAGCAGCAGGAGCUGCAGCAGCAGCAGGAGCUGCAGCAGCAGCAGGAACUCGAACACAGGAAACAUGAAGCCGAAAAUACCCCCGUGACUACACGCCAUAGUCACAGACAUGCAACUGCAACUGCAACUGCAGCAGCAGCAGCAACAGCAGCAGCAGGUACUCCCAGUGGGGCGACGAAUCUAGUGCAUCAAGAACAGCAGCAGCAGCAGCAUCGGAGGACGCAGCAGAGACACACCCCUUCGGCGGUGCAUCGCCGUCGACAUGCAGAAGAGCAGAGAGCUCAGCAGCAACUGCAGCAGCAGCAGCAACAGCAACAACAGCAGCAGCAGCAGCAGCAGUUACAGCUACAGAUACAGCAACAGCAGCAGCAGCAGCAGCAGCUGGAAGAGCUGCAGCAGAGACGAAUCGAGUUCGAGAAAAGGCUACAGCAGCAACAGCAGCAAGAACAGCAAAUGCUGCUGUGGCAGCUGGAAGCACAAAAAAUGGAGGCCCGGCUACUGCAGCAGAGGCAAGAAAUGCAGCAGCAGCAGCUGCAGCAGCAGCUGCUGCAGCGCCGUGUUGCUGGAGUCGUGCAAAGACCCGACCCGCAGGAAGAAGCGCGGCUUCAAAGAAGAGAAGCCGAAAGACGCUGGCUGUCAGAAAUUGUGGGGGAUCAGCUGCAGCAGCUGCAGCAGCAAAAGCAGCAGCAGCAGCAGCAGCAGAAACAGCAGCAGCAGCAGGUGUUUGAGGACGCGGGCGCGUACGACGCCGCCCCGCAUUUCCAGCAGGAAACCCAGAGGAAAGAAGAUGCUGCUGCUGCUGCUGCUGCUGAGCUGCAGCAGCGGCAGCAAGAAAUCGCGCUGCUGCUGCAGCACUUAAACCCCCAGGCGCGGCAGCGGCUGUUUGAGCUUGUGCGCGACAGGCUUGUGCAGCAGUAG